AUGUCGCGAGCCAAAGAAACGGAACUGUUGGAGAUACCUGAGACUCCUGAAGCUGUUGCUUUUCACAACACACAAAUCAUCAAAAGCAGCCUAGAGGCAGCAAAUUUCAUGGUCUCAACCACUGUGUCUCCAGUAGCUGAGGCUCAGUAUCAUUCCUUGUUUGAUCCAAGCCGAGUGACGCCCAAGCCGAAGAUGAGGAAGGUUGGUGAUGACAAGCCGCCCUUUACAUUUGCUGCAUCACUCCAUGACCUUCAGUCGGGCCCUACCUCAGAGGGUUUCUCUAUUGUUAAGAAAAUCAAACAGAAGCCCACACCUCAAGCAGCGGAAUUAAAUCGAACAAGUCCUUUCGGUCAUGCCCCCACGCAGUCACCACAUAUCGCACGCCAGAGCGAGGAAGAUGAUCGAAAUUCCACCCGGACAUUAAGGACGAAGCCACAGAAUGAACCAACAGUGUCUACAGUACAACCUGCAUUACGCAAUGAAAAUGACGUGCAGACGCACUCUCCGCCACAACGGCCUCCCGCCCCCACCAACGAUGAUGCAGCCGCUUAUAAGCCGUAUUCCGGGCAAGGAAAUUUGGAAACUAUAAUGUCGAAAGGCUCUCCCAAAUCCCUGUCCUUACCCUUGUUCCCUAAGAAUUUGAUUGGCCUGGAUACCGAAGACGAAACUCUAUUCAUAUGUCAAAAGCGACCUACGAACCGUGAAUUAGCGAGGAUAGCACUAGCUUGUGCGAACGGGCCGAGUAUGACAGCUAUACAAAUCACUGAUUGGCUGGCGCAAAAACUCCCCUACCUUCAAAAGGGGCAGGGUAAUUGGGAGAAGAGCCUGAAAACUACCCUCUCAUUCUAUGAUGAGUUUCGUGGCAAGAGAGCAAUGGGUUCGCAUGAUGGUAGUGUGCUGUGGAGUUUCGCCAAGGCAGCGGACAAAGCUCGAUACCAAAACGAAUAUCGAGUUUAUCUGGCCUAUUUUUCACAUCAAAACGAAGAGCAGGACAAGCAGGAACAGGUUGUUGCAGGGCCUGGCGUUAAUCUCAACAAAAUCGUACCUAACACACCAAAACAGCAGGGUAAGACUAGACUGCGAAGCGCUAUCGAAAGUGCGCCGACAAGGUACGCCAAAAGUACGCGGCGAAAUGGCUUCACAGGGAUACCGUAUGCUCGAGAUUCGGUAACCCCACCAACAGUGCAGGACUCCAGCUUGAUGGUUUCACCAGUCAGCGCCACGUCGCAUGGCAGUCCGCUACGUAGCCAGGCCCAGCCACGUAAAUUGUCAUCUUCAAGAGACAGGGUUGAAUUCGCAUCUGGGGUCAAACGCGAGACGAGCUUUCAUGAUGUGUAUCCUUGUAGCACCAAGCGGCCCAUUGAGAUAAUGACAUCGGAAGAGAAGGCCGCAAAAGCGGCGCAGAUCCGAGCGCGACCCACACGUAAAGAGCUGUUCGAUUCAAACCAACGAUUAGCGCACGUUCGAAGGUACAGACGACAGGAUAUCCAUGACGAAAGCGAUGGAGCAUGGGAACCUGAAAGUGUUGGGGUGAGAAAAAAAGCAAAUAGGUGGAAGGGCGACACGUUGGUAAACGACUGUGGUCGGAGCCGGUCUCUACAUGAAGUCUUCAACCUACCGGCCAAUGCUAUACCAAUGAAUAACGGAAAUGAGUUGGCGUUCAGGGACGGGACUUUGAUCAAUGGCCGGCUACCACGACCACGGCACACAUAUAGAGUUGGUAGGAGGCUGGGAGCUGUACUCACAGUCAUGUAA